AACCCUGGGAGAAGCGGAAGCGGCGCCAUCUUGCCGUGAGACAGCAGGAGCUAGCGCGAUGUCUUCCUCUGCUGCCUACUGGGGUCCGUGCCGAGAGCUGGGAACCGGGCCUCACGGCUCCGCGGGCCCUGUGCAGCUACGCUUCUCGCCCUACGCCUUCAACGGAGGUACUGUACUGGCAAUUGCUGGAGAAGAUUUUUCAAUUGUUGCUUCUGAUACUCGAUUGAGUGAAGGGUUUUCAAUUCACACCAGAGACAGCCCCAAAUGUUACAAAUUAACAGACAAAACGGUCAUUGGUUGCAGUGGUUUUCAUGGAGAUUGUCUCACUCUGACAAAGAUUAUUGAAGCAAGAUUAAAGAUGUACAAGCAUUCCAAUAACAAGGCCAUGACGACGGGGGCAAUUGCUGCGAUGCUGUCUACCAUCCUGUACUCAAGGCGCUUCUUCCCUUACUAUGUUUACAACAUCAUCGGUGGACUUGAUGAAGAAGGAAAGGGAGCUGUGUAUAGCUUUGACCCAGUGGGCUCCUACCAGAGAGACUCCUUCAAGGCUGGAGGCUCAGCAAGUGCCAUGCUGCAGCCCCUGCUUGACAACCAGGUUGGUUUCAAAAACAUGCAGAACGUGGAGCAUGUCCCAUUGUCUUUGGACAGAGCCAUGAGGCUGGUGAAAGACGUCUUUGUUUCUGCAGCUGAGAGAGACGUGUAUACAGGGGAUGCACUCAGGAUCUGCAUUGUGACCAAAGAAGGCAUCAAAGAGGAGACCAUUCCCCUGCGGAAAGACUAAUGUGUGGGCCAUACAUUGGCAUUGUUGCACAAGUUUGUUUAUUAAAAGAAACCUGAAAUACUCA